AUGAAGCCUAGAUAUCUCAUCGGCGGCCUGAUCAUCGUGGGGGGCCUGACCUACCUCAUCUACGGCGCCAUGCAGGAAGCCGUGGUGUACUUCGUCACGCCCACCGAGCUCCGGUCCGAGACCACGCCGCCCGACCGGUUCCUCCGGAUCGGCGGCAUGGUCCUGCCCGGGUCCCUGCAAAAGGACCUCGGCCGGCGCACGUUUCGUUUCAGGAUUACCGACGGCCAACAGUCCAUCGCGGUGCACUUCCAGGGCGUGCCGCCGGACCUCUUCUCCGAGGGCAAGGGCGCCGUGGUGGAGGGCCGGCUGGGUGGGGACGGCGUGUUCAUGGCCUCCACGGUCAUGGCCAAGCAUGCCGAGGAGUACAGCCCGCACCGGGACGGCGAAGACCCCGCAGAGCAACGGAGCUUCGUGCCCGCGCGGCCCACGGGCGGCUAG